UCUAUUUAUGUGCAUGGGGCAACACAUACACGGAUCCAAGUCCACUCAACCAACGAUCUAAAGUAAACACCUAAAAUAUGCCGAUUUUUCGAUACUUUACUGACCGUCCAUGUGAGUUUUAAGUGGGGGUGUUCAAGUAAAAAUCUGGAUUAAGUCCAAAAAUGACGGAGACCAGUCAGACCACACCAUUAAGAAAUGGAGAGGAUAGCCCAACCAUACACCUUGAUUCUAUCCUGGAUGAAUCAACAAUGACUGCAUCAGGCUAUGCUCAAGUUGUGUUCCACAAUGUGCAGGAGAGGUAUCCCCCUGGUUCACAUAUUGAAUGCAAAUACACCUUGACUUCAGCCAUCCGGCCAACAACUCGGGACUGGGUGGGUAUCUUCAAGGUAGGCUGGAGUUCCACCAGGCAGUACAAGGCCUUUGAUUGGGCCCCUUACCCCAAUGACUGGCAGGAGGGACGCGAGUAUGAGCAGACAGUCAUGUUCAGAGCGUACUACCUGCCCAAAGAGGAAGAUGGCGAGUUCUACCAGUUCUGCUUCAUCGAUUCGGCCGGCAAGAUGCGCGGGGCCAGCACCCCCUUCCAGUUCCUGGAGCGUUCCGUGGAUGAGUUUGUGGAGGUGGAGGACCAUUCCAUGGGACUCAUGAUGAUACAGUCUAAGAGCACGGUCGUUGAAGAACAGCUGAAGAAGAUUGUCAAGGAGAAGGACGAACUCCUUGAGGCUCACACCAAGAUGCAGUCCUACAUUCAAGAUUUGGAGAGCAAGGCGAUGAGUCUUGAAAGGCAUGUCAGUGAGCAGGAGGAAGCGCUAGCUGGCGUCAACAUAGAGCACGAGGCUCUCAAGGAGCGACACCAGAGCCUGCUCCGACAGGAGACCAUCCUGGAUGGCCGGCUGGAAGAGGUCCUGAAUGCCCUGAGCAGCUUGGAGCAAGACAAGGCCCGCUGCGAGAAGGUCCUAGAAUCCACCAAGACCAAGCUGCAAGAGGCCCAGAGCCAGACUACUAAAGCAGCAGCCGAGAAGGACCAGCUCGUCAAGGACCUGAGCCAGGUGCUGCAUGAGAGGGACGAAUUCAAGAGCCAAUUUGCCUCCUCGGAGAGCUCCAAUAAGGACCUGCGUGAUGAGAUCGCCAACCUCCUCAAGAAGCUUUCAGCGACCAGCCAAGCAACCCAGGAUGUCAAACAACAGGAGGUACAGAUCAGGGAGGAGAAACGAAAGGUGGAACAGCAGCUUAUGGUAGCCAUGGCUGACCAGAAUUACAUACGUACCACAGAGCAGAAGCUACAAACUCGACAGGAUCAGUUUGCAGCGUGUGAAGCUAGUCGCAGGAUGCUGUGCGAGGAAGUAGAUACCAUGAAGGCAUUCCAGCACAAACUCUCCAAUGACCUUCAGCGAGCGGAGACUGAUAAGGAUGCCCUGAAGGGCCGUAUCGCACGCUUGGAGAACGAACACAAGGAACGGGAGAAGCAACUGAAGAACAAGCUGCAUCUGCAGCAGCACCAAGGACGAGAGAGGGAAACCAUGCUGAAGGAACAGGUGCAGGCACUCAAGGAUAGCAUCAAACAGCUGGCUGAGGAGAAGGAGCAGGCCCUGCGCUCCAACAAGGGCCCCAUGGAAGCCUCCCAGGUAGCCAUGAAGGAACUGAAGGACAAACUGAAGAAGGCCAAAAGCAAGCUGGACGAGGAGACUCAGAAGAGGGUUGAACUCCAAAAGAAACUGAACACCCUUGAAGCCAAUCACGUCCAGGAGCAGAAUGACCUGGCUCGGGAAGUAAGCGACAUGAAGGCCCGCCUCCAGAUGGGGGCGGAGGAAUACAAGAAGAAGUACCUGGAGUGCCAACAACUGGAGAGCAAAUUGAGGAAGAAGGCGAGCCAGAGGGUGCGGGCUUCGUCCAGAGACGAGAGCCCGGCUGUCAAGAGUCAAGAGCAAGCCCUGCAGCAAGCCAGUCCUUCCUCCAGUCCAGGCUGCGAGACCCCUGAGAAGUCCUUUGACAAUGCCGAGCUGCAGAUACAGUUGAAGGAUCUUGCUGAAGAGUUGGCAGAGCGCAGCACGAAGAUCCAGAAGUACAAGGGGCUGUAUCAGGCCGAGAAACAUCGACGACAGCAGCAGGAGCAGACCUUCCAGCAGGAGCGAGCUGCCUUUGAGAUGCAGCUGGAGGCUGCCAACAGCUGGGCCCAAGAACUGGAUGAAAAAGAGGAAGACAACCAGCAACUCCGCGAAAAAGUAAGCAAGCUGCAUGCCGACUAUAUGAAGAUGAAGCACACCUUGGAAGUCUACAAGUUUGACGUCCAGCAAAAUGCCAACCCGACUACCGGGAUGCCUGCCCCGGUCUCCCCUCCUAGCACUCCCCCUCAAUUGAGCCCCAUCCAUUCCCCGGUCCCCAUGCCCCCUCCUGGUCCCCCCAUGGGCCAGUACAUGUUCCGGAACCCCUACACCGAGGGCGGGUCUUUCCCGUUGGGGUGCACUUACCCAAACCCCUACACUCGGCAGUCUGGUGAGGUUGCAGAGAACGAGGUUCGCAGCCCACCUGGCUACAAUCCCUUCCAGGCUCGGGAUGAGCAGAAGGAAGAUCCAUCAGUUGGGCCGACGGCACCUCCUCUUAGUUCAACUCCCCCGAUCCCGUCAAGUCUGAGUAAGAUGGCCGCGGUCCCUGAGUUGCCCCCUAAGAAUCCCCCCGAUGCAGGGACCAGGGCCGUCAAGUCCCCGCUGCCAGAGCCCCUCAAGCCGGACGUGCUGCCCGAGGGAAAGAUUGCAGCCAUCAAGACGGUGGCCAAGAAACAAGUCCGUCUUCUGGAUUUGGCUGCCGGCGUUGGGAUCUCUGAGGGACAUGAAGAGGAACGAGAGGAGGGGCCAAAUGAGUUCCACGAUGCCUGCGAAGAGUUUCCGCCAGGCGAGGGCGACAACGGCGAUGUGAAGACGUGCCCCGAAUGCGAAAUGCACUUCCCGCCCACCUUCUCCGAGGACAACUUUGCAAGGCAUGUUCAGCUGCACUUUGCCCGGAUCUGCCCCAUGUGCAACAUGAUGAUGCCCUGCGAGACGCCUGACGCCGAGUACGAGCGUCACGUGCAGACACAUUUCGGGGAGGACUAAAUUCCCCGCGUGACCUGUGACCCAAGCACAGAAACAGUAAGAAAAUGAGAAGGUUUCAGAUCAACCUAAAUUUAAAGAUGUUCUGUCUGUACUUCAGUAUAUAUUUUCCAACAUUUGAAAAAAAUUUAACUUCAAAAAAAAAUAAGUCUAUUUUGGGCAUCUGCAGCCAUCUGAAAGUGAUUAUUUCAUGAAACAUGGUUAUUUUUUUCAUUUGAUGUCAAAGUGAGUAAAUUCUGUAUUCAAACCAAA